AUGGCAUCAUUUGAAAGAUUUUAUGAGACAGGGAUUGUGGAAUACGCGACGAGGGAGCAAGCUCAGCAGGCUGUUGCGACGCUCAGUAACCAGAACCUUAUGGGCAGACUCGUAUACGUUCGCGAAGACCGAGAGGCAGAACCUCGUUUCACCGGCCCACCUCAGCGUGGCGAUUUCGGAGGUGGUCGAGGUGGAUUUGGUGGCCCUGGCGGUGGUGGCCCUGGUGGAGGUGGUCGCCAAAUCUACAUUGCUAACCUUCCGUACAAUGUUGGCUGGCAGGAUCUAAAGGAUCUUUUCCGCCAAGCUACACAACAAGGCACUGUUGUUCGUGCAGACGUUCACAUGGACGCUGCCGGCCGUCCAAAGGGAUCCGGUAUUGUUGCCUUUGAGAGCCCCGAUGAUGCCCGCAAUGCUAUCCAGCAAUUCAAUGGCUAUGAAUGGCAAGGGCGCCCACUUGAAGUCCGUGAAGAUCGUUAUGCUGGUGCUCCUGGUGGCUUCCCUGGACGCGGUGGUUUCGGUGGUUUCGGUGGCCGAGGUGGAUUCCCUGGCCGAGGUGGAUUUGCAGGCCGCGGAGGGUUUGGUGGUGGUUAUGGUGGUGGUAGAGGAGGCUUUGGCGGCGGUGCGGGCUUCUCAGGACCACCUGGAGGACCCCCUGUUGGUGCACCAGAAGGAGCCCCUGCUUCUAUUCCCGCCAAUCCAUUCACCGACUUUGCUACCUAUGGUGGAGAGAGGGGCUUGUCGAUCUAUGUCCGCAAUCUGCCAUGGUCAACCUGCAACGAGGAUCUCGUCGAGCUAUUCUCUACCAUUGGGAAAGUUGAGCGCGCCGAAAUCCAGUACGAGCCAAACGGCCGUUCCCGUGGUACCGGCGUUGUGGAAUUCGACAGUGCCGAUAACGCCGAGACUGCAAUUAGCAAGUUCUCUGGCUACCAAUAUGGCGGUCGCCCGCUUGGCCUGUCUUUUGUCAAAUACGUUAACCCUAACCAAGGCCAAGGCCAAGGCAGCGUUGACCUCAAUGGUUCUGGCGACAAUGCUGCACCCAUUACCCAAGACCAGAUCAUGUAA